GGUGGCGGCCUGCGGCCGGCAGAGGGAGGUGCGGAGCGCCCCCCCCCCCCCUCCCCCACCGCCGCUCGGUGCGCGCGGAGCUGCGGAGAAGCGGCUGAAACCGGUUUGGAUCGAGGGAGAAAACAGCGGCGGAGCCGGGAGACCGGGCGGAGCCGGGAGACCGGGCGGCGCAAAGCGAUAUAAAGUGCAAGGCGAAGGGUUGCAGAGUGGCGGGGUGCCACGUCGAGCCAGAGACCAGGAAAUCCCAGGAUCAGGGAUCAGCAACUCAUCCCAGGAUCUCCCAGGACCAGGGAGCUGAUCCCUCCAGGACCAGAUUCCAGCCCAGGACAGGGAGCCGAUCCCUCGACUAGAUCCCAGGAUCAGGGAGCUGAUCCCUCCAGGACCAGAUUCCAGCCCAGGACAGGGAGCCGAUCCCUCGACUAGAUCCCAGGAUCAGGGAGCUGAUCCCUCCAGGACCAGAUCCCAGGACAGGGAGCUGAUCCCUCGACUAGAUCCCAGGAUCAGGGAGCCGAUCCCUCCAGGACCAGAUCCCAGCCCAGGACCAGAACCCAGCACCAGAUCCCUCCAGGACCAGAUCCCAGCCCAGGUCGAGGGAUCAGCCACUCAUCCCAGGACCAGAGAACUGAACCUGGGAUCAUUUUCGACAGCUGGCAUCUGAUCCUGGUUUAGCAACUGAUCCCUGGAAUAGGAACUGAAUCCAGCACAAGACCAGGAAGCCCAAGUCAUCAGAGCUGAGGACGUUAAUCCAGGAUCGUGUCCUGAGGAAGAAAGAGAAGAUGGAGGUUUUUCUGUGUCACCCUGUGCUGAAGGCCUUCAUGUGUGGAUCUCUGAGUGGGACCUGCUCAACGCUGCUCUUUCAGCCCCUGGACCUGGUGAAGACUCGCCUGCAGACUGUGCAAGGCUCCGUGAACGGAUCUGGGCGUAUUGGAAUGAUCACCAUUUUGCUGAAUGUUAUUCGCACUGAGCGAAUUAUCGGAUUGUGGAAAGGAGUCUCUCCGUCAUUUGUCCGAUGCAUUCCCGGUGUGGGGAUUUACUUCAGCACACUCUACUCCACGAAGCAGCACUUCUUCAGCGAGAGGAGCCCAACGGCGCUGGAGUCGGUGGCUUUAGGUGCCAGCGCUCGCACUGUAGCGGGCAUCUGCAUGUUGCCCGUAACUGUGGUGAAGACACGAUACGAGAGCGGGAAGUUUCGAUACGAAAGUGUGUUCAGUGCUUUGAGAAAUAUCUACAAGACCGAGGGCGCACGGGCACUGUUUAGUGGACUGACAGCCACGCUCCUCCGUGAUGCUCCCUUCUCUGGGAUUUACCUCAUGUUCUACACACAGACCAAGAAAGCAGUGCCUGAAGAUCAGUAUGAGACGCCGAUUGUCCCUCUGAUUAACUUCAGCUGUGGCAUCGUCGCAGGCAUUUUGGCUUCUUUGGUGACGCAGCCAGCAGAUGUCAUAAAAACGCACAUGCAACUCUCUCCACAGAAGUAUCGGCGAGUUAGACACACCAUCGUCUUCAUCUUCGAGAGCCAUGGUAUUGUGGGAUUUUUCCGAGGUGCCGUUCCUCGUUCAUUGCGUCGAUCACUCAUGGCUGCCAUGGCCUGGACAGUAUAUGAACAGAUGAUGACCAAGUUGGGCCUCAAGUCAUGAAAAGUUGGACAGUUAAAGGAAGAACCUUUGGAUAAUGGAGAGAAGGAACAAUGUUGCUGGAGUUUUGGGUGCUGAGACUUCAAUAGGCCUGAAGCCUUUGAGUGUGAACAGUGGUACUUUUUCUUUGGUUUAAAAAAAACUGGCUUCAUUAGCAGAGUGAAGUUUACACUCUUUCAACCGAGCCAGAGAAUUCCUGGUAGCCAUGCACAUAUCUACAGUAACCUCAAGCCCUGUGCUGUUCCACCGAGGUUAUGUAACUGCUAGGAGUCACCUGGUUGUAACUCUGGACCUCUGCCUGACCUUUUCCCAAUGAGCUGCUGUUUCACAGAGCUAUUGGCCUUGAGACAGUGGAAGCCAAGCAGCAAAGCCAAGGUUAUUAAAAAUACUCCGGGCAUAACCACUUGACAGAAGCUGUGCAUAACUCCUAUUGAUUGUGACCAAGUCCAGUUAACAGAGUGGAGGAGUGCUUUACCUUGUGUGAGAUAAGAACACAGAGCUGAUUGUGACAAUUGAUCUAUUUCAUACUAUUAUUACCCACAUUAAACAAAUAAUUAUGCUUUAUGAAAGAAUACGUGUGUGAAUGCAUGCCAAGUCAUUCAGAUCAGGAAAGAUCUGGUCUGCAGCGUUAGGUGAAUUAACAAAGGGGUGGCUGCCAUUGCCUUCUGCUCCCUGAAUUGUGGGGUGUGGGGAGAAAGGAACCUCUGUUUCCAGCUGGUUAUUCGUUUUCCAGUCAUGCCCUAACAUGCACAUGUGCGUUGGUUGUAAUUCCCACCAAAGUUGAAUUGUCUAUAUGGCUAUCAUGCUCGAUCAUGAAGAAUGAUUGUUUGGGACUAGGAGAUACUUGGUCACUCAAGGAUACUUGGUCACUCAAGGAUGAGGCUGUAUUAUCAAUGACUGACUGGGGGGUGUGGGAGAUGUAGUUCUGGUAGAUGUUGGGUAGGUUGGUUUCUUGCACAUUGAGUGGAUACUUUAGGUGUCACAGUGAGCAGAGGAGAUCACAUUUAUCAUGAUUUUUAUUGUGGCAGCCGGUCUGAUCCUCAAGUUCAUCCCUCAGCUCCCAAAGCAAGAUUCAUGGGCACUUACCCCCUACCCAUCCCUUGCCCCCAGCAGUUAGCAUUUCCAAGGUACUUAACCAGAGAUCAGCAACUCUCCUCACCCCAAGGGUUUAAAGAGUCCUAGCGUUAGAUUCUUGUAAUUCCCCCAGUCCUCCCCCAAGGCCUGGUCUUCAGUGAAUAACCUGCUUUCUGAAUCCAUGAUUCCAUUUUCUUUGUUGACACUCCUUCACCCAAUACUUGGCCAGAAGAUUCUGAUGCGGGUUUCUUGCCCAUGGGCUGGGAGAACAUGGAGAGUUGUUUGGAAUCAUGCUGCUUCAUUCACACUGGGACCGAGAGUAACAAGAGCUGGAAAACACCAAGCAGAGGCCACAGGCAGCAAAGUUCAGAUGGAGAAGAGAUAAUUUUAUCUGAAAUUGGAUUAUAUAUUUUCCAGUAGUGUGUUCUUAUUUAUCUCAAUGGCAUGAAUUAUGAAAUGGUGCCAUUAUCAUUGUACGAACUGGAAAAGAGUUAAUGUUUUUUGAAAGAGGGAAGUAAAGCCAGAAUUGCUGCUUUCUGUGUGAGAGAUUAACCAGAGUUAAUAGACUUUGGAGUAUUAUGCAAUCAGUAUGACGCAGAAUGAAAUGUUCUUUUGACUGGAAUCUGGUUCGUCUGGCAUUGUGCCAGUACUGGAAUGGUUACUGACACAGAGGUGGAGUGCCAACAGCGAGGGGGAGAGAUAUAGGGUGUCAGGUUCCCUGUACUGGUGAGGGGAGAGUGCGCAUUGGAAUGGGGGUGGGGGGGAUGAGACGUUGAAGAGUGAUGUUAGCAGUGAGAGGUUCUAUGGGUCAGUGUUGGAGGAUCCAGCAGUGUGACAUCACUGAGAUGUUUGAACUGCUAUUAGCUGUAGUCUAGUUUUGACCUUUAAAGCUGUGAUCUUCCUGCCAAGUGCCAUGUUAUCUCAUGAAUCUGCCCAGUCCAAUCCACAAACACCCAAAAAGCCCCAGCAGAUGCAUGCUUGUGUUUCUUACUCUCAGGGUGAAUCAGUGAGGCUGGUUGAUGGGAAUGGGCUGUUUUUGGUGCUAUUGCCUCAUAAGUAGAGAAUGUCAAACUUGUGAUCUCUGGAUGUUACUGGGAAAUUUGUAUUAAACUUUUAUUUCAAUGCAGCUCCCAAAUGCCCCUAUGUUAAAAGCUUCACAGUAGAAUGAUAAAUUAUUUGUAGGUUUUAACACCUCUCAAAUUCUUGUUAGAUAGUAUUAAUGGAGCAAGUCCAAUUAUACCAAUCCUAGGUAUUUUGUUAUACUGCAGCUUGAAUAUCUGCUUUAUUUUGGGAUGGUUGUUGAAUCUAAUUCCAUUUGACUACCCCACCCCUUCUGCAGCCGCAACUUUCCCAAGCUCACCUGCCCCACCCACGUAUCAUUCAAGUGAGCCUGGUACAAUUGGGGUUCUGAGCUUUCCUGACCCUUGGGGUUGCUGCAGAGAUCAGUGCUAUAAUGCACUCAAACUAAUCCUGAUCAGUACAGGCACUCAAACACAUCUAUAACUCUUGUCGUUUUUUUUAAGAUUGUUAAUUCUAAUGUUCAACAUUAAUUGUUGGAAUGUUGAAUGAAAACAAAAUGUGCAAUAACUGUCUCUGGGAUAAUACAGAAAACAGUAUGACAAAAGCAAAUGACUGCAGCUGUUGAAAACCAGAAAUAAAACCAUAAAAUGCUGAAACUA